AUGUUGGACCGCGCUCUUUGUUUCUCCCUGCGCCACGGUCGCAGCGAUGUUGACUUAGUUCAUCGAGACGUCGAGUUUGGCAUCAUCCUCCUCCACUCAAACGCGGAACACCGCAGCCUUUGUGAUCUUUAUCGACACCCUCCCGAGGCUUCCACCACUGCUACCGUUUUUGAUGGCUGGGCUCCCGGUGACAUGCUUCAGUGCUUCCGCAUUGUCCAACGCCCUCAAUCACUGGAGUGGCACAUCGACUGCCCUCCCACCUCCGACAAUUGA